AGACCCAAAUGUUGUGUACCUAUCGUCGAACACUUAUAAACCCAAACCCAUGGUCGUACUCCUCCAUUCCAACCGUUGCCCCUUUUCAGUUUGGCUCCACAGGACAUCCAAGUCAUUCAUCGCCCGUCCUUGGCUUCGAGCCUCUUUCGAGCAGCCACUACUGCAAGAAGCAAUCCCUCUACCCUUCCUUUCCAGGUCACCGACCUUCUCUCCACAAUGUUCUGGCCCACCCUUCUCGCCCUCAUCGCGGGCGCCGAAGCGCUCCCCCAAUUCGGCGGCGGCGGCGGCGGCAACCGCGUCACCAUGCUACGCUUCGGCUGUACCCAGGUAGUCAUCGACCGGAUCGACCCGCUCGUCAACCCGGGCCAGAUCCCCUCUCCGCACGUGCACCAGAUCGUGGGCGGGAACGGGUUUAACGUGUCGAUGCCUCACACGGACAUUUCCGAGCUGGCCAGCUGCACAACCUGCCAGUUCUCCGAGGACUUCUCCAACUACUGGACAGCCAACCUGUACUUCAAGGCUCGCAACGGGACCUACAAGCGGGUGCCGCAGGGCGGUGCGGCGUUGCAGUUUAAUGAUCAGUUUAGCACCCAGAUUAAUGGUGGCGUGUUGGUUUAUUAUGUGUCGGCUGAUCCGGGGAAGAUUACGGCUUUUAAGCCGGGAUUCCGUAUGCUCAUCGGCGACCCGAACAUGCGCUCGAGACCCAACACCAAGCUGAAGAGACAAAACUGCUACCGCUGCUACACCGGCCCCAACUUCGGCGGCGACAUCGGCGCUCCGUGCCAGGAUGACCGAGUCGACUCGGAGGCUCUUCCCAACAAGCCCUGCCCGGGCGGUAUCCGAUCCAAUAUCCACUUCCCAACCUGCUGGGACGGUAAAAACCUCGACUCCCCCAACCACCAAGACCACGUAGCCUACCCGACCUCCGGGCCCGCCACUUUCUUAUCGCUGGGCGGCUCCUGCCCGUCUACACACCCGGUCCGCAUCCCGCAGCUCAUGUACGAAGUAGUCUGGGACACGACCAAGUUCAACAACAAGGCCGAGUGGCUCGCCGAUUACGUGUUUGGCUGGAAGGGCGAUUCCCUCCAAAAGGCCAUGGAUACCGCCGGUUGCAUGGGCGCUAGGUGCGCGAGUCUGAAGACGCAGAAGAUUGAGGAUGCGAGGAAGUGUGCGGUUAAGAAGUUGGCUAAGGAGGAUUAUGAUGGUUGGCUUACCAAGCUUCCUGGUAUGGAUAUGCCGAUGUGAAGAGGUCACUGGUUGUAUGCAC